UUUAUUGCAACAAGUUAUCAUUUAAAAUGUUAUCCUGCAUUAGGUAAUGCAAUUUAAAGUAGAUCUGAAGAAGAAAUGUGUUUAAACACAGCUAAGAUUUACAUUUUCGGUAGAAAACAUCUGUUUUCUUUUGAAUGGCGCUGCCUUGCGCUGCUGUAUGCAAAUGAGCCAUGACGUCAGACAUUCCAUCGUAGUUCUUAUAAUGAUGUAGACGGCAUACCGGCUCAUUUUCUUGCAACAUCUCGAGCGAGUUGUACCGAAUCACUAUAGAUCUGCGUUUUACGUCUGAUUUAUGGAGUUUUCAGUUGAUCGUGAUAUAACAAAUAUUCAGUUCGCCGUUGAUAACAAUUCUCUCGAGUUUGGAAAGAAACAUAGAACAAUGGGACGAGUUAGAAAGAGAGUAAAACAGUUCUGUAACUGGGCCUCUCGGAAAUCCGGGAAAGCCCAGCAGAACCAGUGCACAUCCGAGGGCGACCUCGAGCACCGGAGAUGUUCUGAUGACGAAGCCGGACCGAGCAACGCUACGUUCAUCUCCCACAUUCACACUGGAGCUGGUGUUUCACCAAGCCCAGCACCACAGACAAGAGAGAAGAAACUUAAGAGGCUCUGGAAAUGGUUUUCUCGGAAAUUCAAGAGAACUAGAACCAGAGCCCCACAGGGCCAGCUGAGCAGCCCACAGCCUCAGAGAUCCCCUGACGGUGAAGCUGCGUGUGUGUCGCCGAGGACAGUUCAUGAUGAGCGGGUUAACAGGCGCGUGUCUAUCCAGACCCCUGUGAAGACCCCGUCAACAGAAACUGAACGGCACGACAACACUGAAUGCUGGGACUUUUCUGUAUCUUCUCUUACCACUGCGGGAAACAGCGAAUCCGACCGCGCUUCAGUGCACAGCUGGCACUCGUGUGCGUCUUCGCUUGGCACCCCGGUUAUCAGUGAAUCUGACCGCGCAUCAGUGUUAAGUUGGCACUCUUGUGCGUCUUCGCUUGGUACCGCGGGGAUCAGCGAAUCUGACCGCGCUUCAGUGCACAGUAGGCACCCUUGUGAGUCUUCGCUGACCGCUGAACACCACAACGAUGAGGAAAACGCUUCCAGCGAGGACUCCAGCGUGUCCGAGGACAGCACAUCUUCCUCAUCGGAUUUUUGGAAAACAGAACAGGAAACCACAUUUAACUGGGAAGGAAAUACAGGUAGAAUCUCCCAGGACUAUAAAAUCCAUCACUUGAUUGGUCAGGGAUCAACAGGAGUCAUCUAUGAUGGAAUUCGUCUGUCGGAUUGCCGAAUGGUGGAUAUCAAAUGCGUGAAGAAGAGCAAAUCAAUGGAAAGGAUCACGAUUGAACCAUCUGACAAGACUGUUCCACGAGAGGUCGGUUUGAUGAUUAUGAUGAGCAGAGGUCCGAAGGUUCCUCAAGUUAUACAGCUGCUGGACUGGUAUGAGGCACCAGACCGAUACAUACUGGUGCUGGAGCAUCCCAAAUCAGCUGUGAGCCUGGACCAGUUUGUAUCCUCUUGUGGGAACAAAAUCAGCGAAGCGAAAGCACGAGUGGUGAUGCACCAGGUGAUCACUGCUGCCAACGCAUGCUGCGAAAGGGGAGUCUACAAUAACAUCAAGCUGGAGAGCCUGCUCAUCAACCCCCACACCUUGCAGGUCAAACUGAUGGACUUUGGCACGGGAAGCCUCAUUAAGGACUCUGGCUAUACAAAAUUUUGGGGCUCAAUAGCUUGUAUUCCCCCGGAGUUCUAUCAGAAGGGAAGGUUCCACGCCAAGCCUGCAAUCGUGUACUCUUUAGGCAAACUGUUGUUCAGGAUGCUGUGUGGACACUACCCUCAUAUGGAGCUCCACAAGAUUGUCAAAAGAACCUGGCAGCCUGAAGACCUAUCCAAAGAAGCCGUAGAUCUGAUCUGCUCGUGUCUGCAGACUAAGCCAGACAAGCGGCCUCUACUUGACGAGAUCCUUCACCAGAGAUGGUUCCAGGUCUUCAUCCUGAAGCCAAACAACAGACGAAAAGAUUAAGAAGAUCAGAACAUCCAGCCGUCAACACCAAACUUCUCCUCUUCAUCGAUCCACUAACACCGAACUCCUCCUCUUCAUCCAGCCACUAACACUAAGCUCCUCUUUUCUAUUUAGCCAGAAACUCCGUCAAGCCACAAACAUGGGGCAGUUUGUGGCUUUACGAAGAGAAAAAGCUGAAUAGGGCUGGUGUUUGUGGUUGCGUGGAAAGGAGGAGCUGUUUGGGGCCGGUGUUUGUGGUUGAUAAAGAGGAGGAGCUGAAGGGGGCCGGCGUUUGUAUCUGGAUGAAGAGAAGAAGAUUUUUUGUUUAUUUUUGGAGAUUGUAAAUAAAUGCUUGUUCUGUAUGUAAUGAAUAAAAAUGAAUACUUUUCACAUAUAAAGUGUUUUCAUUUCCUUCAAUAUUAACUUAAUGCACUCCUAUAGUUAAAUUGUUGAACUGUCCUGUCUUCACCUAGCAGUUGAAGUUGCCAAACAAUGGCGUUAUAUUGUUUCAGGUUUUACAAAAUGGCAGUGAUGCCUGUAUACUUCACAACUUAUUUAAUUCAUUUAGACUUUUAGAGCGCUUUUUACAAUGUAGAUUGUGUUAAACAGCUUUACAUAGUUCUAGCAAAAUAAACUGAACUUCAACUGUGACAACUGGACUGAAGCGGUUUUGUUCAGUGUAAUGUGAAAUUACUACUAAUUUGAGGCG